AUGGGCGUCAGGGAAAUCCGCACUGCACUCAAAGUUGACCUGGACAAGCCUGCCUGGGAGCAAACCGGGUUGCAUAACAGAUGGCAUCCAGACGUCCCUGCGUGCGGCAAAAUCGCCAAUAACGAAGUCGUCAAGAUCGAAUGUUUGGACUGGACGGGCGGACAGAUCAAGAACAACGAUUCAGCCGAUGACGUACGCGACGUUGACCUCACGCAGAUCCAUUAUUUGUCUGGUCCUUUUGAGAUCGAGAGCGCCGAACCGGGUGAUGUGCUCCUAGUUGAGAUCCAAGACGUUCAGCCUUUCCAGGACCAGCCCUGGGGGUUCACCGGGGUGUUUGCCAAGGAGAACGGGGGAGGAUUUCUAGACGAGAUUUAUCCGGAAGCAGCCAAAGCCAUCUGGGACUUUGAGGGCAUCUUCUGCUCUUCCCGCCACAUCCCGCAUGUACGCUUCCCCGGCCUCAUCCACCCGGGAAUUCUUGGAUGCGCGCCCUCUGCCGAGAUCCUUGCCGAGUGGAAUCGUCGCGAAGGCGAGCUGAUCGCAGCGAACACGGUUCCCGGCCGCGACGUGGCUAAACCGCCUGAGCCCAAGAAUGCCCACGCAGGGAGUGCCGGGGAGGAGAUCAAGCAAAAGGUUGCCAGAGAGGGAGCAAGAACCAUUCCGGGCCGCCCCGAGCACGGCGGAAACUGCGACAUCAAGAACCUCUCGCGUGGCUCCAAGGUAUACCUCCCCGUGCACGUUCCUGGAGCCAAGUUCUCCGUCGGGGACCUGCACUUCUCACAGGGGGAUGGAGAGAUCUCGUUCUGCGGUGCUAUUGAGAUGGCAGGCGUGAUCACGCUCAAGUUCACAGUGAUGAAAGCCGGCAUGGCUACACUGGGCAUGAAGUCACCCAUCUUCCACCCGGGCCCUGUCGAGCCACAUUUCGGGCCCGGCCGCUACCUGACCUUUGAGGGAUUCUCUGUCGACGAGAAGGGUAAGCAGCAUUAUCUGGAUGCGACGGUCGCGUACCGUCAGACCUGUCUGCGUGUCAUCGAGUAUCUUCGCCGCUAUGGGUACAAUGACUACCAGAUCUACCUGCUGCUCAGCUGCGCACCUGUCCAGGGCCACAUCGCGGGCCUGGUAGAUAUCCCGAAUGCGUGCACGACGCUGGGUGUCCCCAUGGACAUCUUUGAUUUCGAUAUCAGGCCCGAGGCUGCGGUGGUGAAGCACGAUAUGGGCGCUUGUGCCUUUUCUAGUAGGUAG